AAAUCUAACAAAACAAUUUCAAUUUUAUAUGUUAAUUAGUUUCUCUUUUACGUUUCUAACAAUCCUACCCUCGGAAUAUCGAUCAAAUAAACAAGUCCCCGUUGGUGUCGUUGACAUUACGUGUUAUUUCCUCUUUGAGCGUGGACAAAAAGAAGGUAGAAAAAUACAUUGCAAAACGAUAGAGAGAAAGAGAGAGCGUGAGAGAAAUUAUUAUUCAUUUAUUCGAACGUUGUGAAAUAUGUCGGUGAGUUCACGAACUGAUUCGAAAACGAUUUUGAAAAAUCAAACGGAUAAGCCACCCUUCAAACUUUGUUUCUCCAAGCAACAACCAAUUGGACGAUCGGAUGCUUACAUUUCUAAAAGCAAUGCGAACUUCGUAACGCCAAAAUUUUAUUCGAGAGAACUCGAGGAUUUGCAAAGGAUCGAUGUCGACGAUACGAUUAAACGAUUGACUAACGAAGAAGAGAAAAUUCCAAAGGAACUCUAUCGUUGGCCUUUACUGACCAGUCACACUUAUGGCUGGUGGCACGAGAAAGGUAUAGAACCCAAGGAUCAAAGAUUUCAAUUUCACAAGAAAACGUCGGAUUUAGUAAGCUUUCAAAUGAAGAUAUACGCCGAGGAUAAGAAGACGAAAGUACCUGAUCCUCAACCGGGCUUUCGUGCACCGAUCCUUCGAGAAAGUUACUCCAAGGAUAAAUUCUACGAUAAAAGAAAUCGCUUGUCCAAGGAUAGACCAAACGGCGAAUGAAUUUCUUCGUCUUUUUCUUUUUCCGAUCGUAAAGGUAUUUUAUCGGUUCAGGUAUUAAAAAGAAA